UUUGAUAAACUUUUCGAAUCCAUCUAAUUAAUUAGUGGAUGAUAUUAAUUAGCAGGUUUUAAGGGCCGUGGGUUGAGCCAAAGCGACUCAACAGAAAAACGGAAGCAUUGCAACGAAAGCUCAAUUUCUUUUCCAAAAGAGUCGAAUAAUUAUAAAAAAAUAAAAAAUGAAGUUGAUGCUCCUUUGAAGCCAAGGACAGCUUAUCACAUCUUCCUUCGAUUGGAGAUUAAUAGAUUAAGGGUAAUUUAUGGAGAGACUCGCUCCGAUACACAAAAUCUUCGAGACAUGGCAAUUGACACGUGGAGGUGCCUCUCCGACAAAGACAAACAGCCGUAUAUUGAAGCAAGUGUAAUGGACAAGGAGAGGUAUGAUAAAGAGAUGGCCGCUUAUAAUAAGCAGAUCGAAAACAAGGAGAUUAAUGUUAAUAGCGAGGGGCAAAGUGUGGGCCCCGCCAUUAAUGCGACUGAUGAAAGAAUAAUGAAAUUUCCAAAGGAGGAAUCGGUUUAUCUUGAAAAUAAGAAGAUUAAUGUGAAUGGCGAGGGGCAAAGUGUGGGCCCCGCCACUAAUCCGACUGAUGAAAGAAUAAUGAAAUUUCCAAAGGAGGAAUCGGUUUGUCUCGAAAACAAGAAGAUUAAUGUGAAUGGCGAGGGGCAAAGUGUGGGCCCCGUCAUUAAUCCGACUGAUGAAAGAAUAAUGAAAUUUCCAAAGGAGGAAUCGGUUUAUCGAGUGUGUUUGGAAGGCGAUGAAUCAGAGGAAGUGCUUUCGCCGGACGAAUGUCAUGUGAUGGAGUUGGCGGUUGAGGAGAUGAAGAAUGCUCGGUCCAUUAAUACUGAUGACCCUAUCUUUCAUAUUGACUGGGGAAUUAUGCCUUAAUUAGUGUGUGUGUGUGUGUGUGUGUGUGUGU